UGCAUGUUUACACACGCAUUCUCUCCACUCUUCCUGACAUUUUGCUUUUCCUAUCCACCCAUGAAUUGGCGGUGUGAAUGCGGCCAGCAACAACAAACCUCUUCUCGGAUUUGUGUUCAAGUAGUUAUUGUACAUGACUGACCUCACUUGCUUCUAGAUUCAUCGUGCGCCUCGUUGAACCACUCUCAGUCGGCGAAGACUCAUCUGAAAUCGCGCCGCGACGACAUUCUCCGUCACGUUAUCUACUUCGCGUCGGCCGUCUCCUUGUCGAGCUGUGUUUGAUCACAUCAAAUCUGGCGAGUAGAGUCCAGCUAAAUCACUUGCGGAUAUCCUUCCGAAAUCUCGUCCCCGAGACAUAGCAUUACGUUCAAGACACAGCGCCAGAUUUUCCGAACCUGAUCUAACAAGUUGGAUGAACCCCUGAUCCGAGCGUCCCCAAUUUCUUAUAACCUUCCACCCACACCGCGUCCUCUUUGCAAUCUUUCAGAACUAUUCCAACUCAAUCAUGGACAUCAAGCAGAUAGUCAACGCCAAAGGCGGCCCCAAAGCAGUUGCGGCCGCCGCAGCAGCAAACGGAGCCGCACAAGACCUGCACCUCCUACAGUCCAUCUCUCAAGCCAACAGCAUGCCUAUGUCUGACACAGGAUCAGAACGCGGUAACUCGCCCCAUGACUCCGAACAUUCACGUUACUCUGCUCCAAGAUAUGGUCAGCUUAAUGGAAUGAAUGGUGGUCCCAAUGCAAUGCGCUACCCCUCCCCAACAGCCAUGCAAAAUCCACUUCCAAUGCUACAGCAACCUUACCGAUCAGACAAUGGAUUUGAUAACGGCAUGAUGCAACAGGAGAAUACCAGACCAAGACAGGCUGUAGAUGGUGCUGUCCAGAAGGCGUUCCCAUGCAGCUCAUGUGGCAAGGGGUUUGCAAGACGAAGUGAUCUCGCACGACACGAACGUAUACAUAGUGGCGUUCGACCACAUGUCUGUGAACAUCCAAACUGUGGCAAGCAGUUCAUUCAGCGGUCCGCUUUGACUGUACAUAUGAGAGUCCAUACCGGAGAGAAGCCUCACAUGUGCGAGAGAUGCGGAAAGCCUUUCAGCGACUCGAGUUCUCUCGCAAGACAUCGCAGAAUCCAUUCAGGCAAACGACCUUAUAAAUGUCCUUACGCAGAUUGCCAGAAGACUUUCACUCGACGAACAACUUUGACUCGCCACCAAAAUCACCAUACCGGAACUGUUGAGGAGGCAGCAGCAGCUACGGCAGCAGCUCUUGCUACACGAGCUGGAAGCAGCAGAGGAGGCCGUCAGCGCUCGGAUGGAGAGCAGUACUCAAACAAUGGAUCUCCCAUGUCAACACCAUCUCCAGGACAGAGGCAUCUCACAGCAUCGCCUCAUUCAGACCUUGCCCCCAUGAAUGGUAUGCAGCGACACCCUGGAGAAUACCAGUACAUCAACAACAGUCACCUGCCUGGCCAUGUCCGUGGAGAUUACCACAUGCAAGGUCAACAACCUCCAACCACAGCUCCUUACUCCAACGGCAUGAGACCAACAUCUCAUCCAUCCGCAUAUGGACCACCCUCGAUUCUGGAACCUCCUACAAACUCGGACCGUCAAUCUGGCAGCGCCAUCGGUAGUCCUCACAUGAGCAGCGUAGGUUGGCAAUCACCAUCGCAAGGUAGCAUGCCAUCUCCUUCUCAGAGCAACGGCUAUGUCUACCCGGAUCCAGAUUAUGGCCAGUCGCUCUACUAUCAAAAUUCCAACAUGCGAAGACCACAGAGCACCGAGCCCGAUGCGUAUGAUGUCAAGCCAAGAAUGGGGCAAGAGAUGUGGACCGCAGCUCAAUAGAUUCUGCCACACCCAAUUCUCUCAUCACGAUCAUUCGCAGCAGCUUGCAAUACUCUCUUUCAUACUUUCAUGAAUCGUCUUUGAUACACCCUCGAUACCCUGUAUAUUUCACGUCUUCACUGGCUUUUCUUCCCAUUUCCUUCGUUGGUGUUCUCGGGCAUUGCGGCAUAAAAUCAUACAGGUCUACAGCACUCUCCAAAAUUGGGCGUCAUCUUUCUUUUGUCAUAUUGUUUUCGCUGCUUUUCUUGCUCUGGCGCUGGCAUGUUAAACUUAGAAUGAGUCCGACUUGAGGCCUUGGCACCAAAGGAAACAAAGAUGGGGCCGAGCUGCGAGGCUGAUGAGAACAUUGAUGAUUUCCUUUUGUUUGUUUUGCCUUUGCUCUUGCUCGAUGUCUUUGAUGGGUAGGCUUGUUUUUUUGUACGUCGCUGGGUCUAAUGAGCUCUACAUCUUGCUUUAACUGCUAAAGACGGGUCUCGGGAGGAGCGGUAUAUCAUGUACAUUAAUCAGAGGCUGAGAAUGAUGCUCAGUCGUAGCAUACACAAUCUGGUGAGCAAUGAACCUUAAACAAGAAACAAGAACGCAACUCUCCGGCAAAAGUGCGACCUUGAAAAAGUAUGAUGUAGGCGAGAAGAAUCCCUUGGCUCUAUUUUGUUAAAGUGUCUGUGUUCCUUGAGUUGCGUACUCUGGGCAAGGCACUCAAUUUUUUGUUCGGUGUCCUUCCUCGUGGGGCAUGGUACGCUCAGAUAAAUAUG